GGGGCAGUUUGGGAAAUACGAGUGCAUUCAUUUUCUUGGGUACAAUCAAAUUUUCCAUUUGUUUCCUUAUUUUAAUGUAGCUUUUUUUCUCUUUUAAAGCAGACAUCAGCUGUUAGUUUACAGGCGUAAUUUUUCUUACUGUUCAGGAUGAUUUGUUUGGUUUCAUCAUAUUCAGGUCGAAAAUCCACUUUCAGAAAAGUGUACACUGAAACCACUGGCUUUUCUGCCCCACAAAUUGGAGUGUGAUACUACUUAUUUUCUAGGACUGUUUGGUAUUGCUGUGGUUUUAAGAGAACUUGCAGCUCCCUUCAACUUCAUAAUACGGUCUGCUGACAGUGAAUCUAGGAAAAUAUAUUAAGUUUGACCCACAUAUUGUAGAGUCUGUCCCAAGUGAAAAAAAAAGAAAGAGAAAAAGCAUGGCUGCAAAGGAGAAGCUGGAGGCAGUGUUGAAUGUGGCCCUGAGGGUGCCCAGCAUCAUGCUGCUGGAUGUCCUAUACCGCUGGGAUGUCAGCUCCUUCUUCCAGCAGAUCCAGAGAAGCAGCCUCAGCAACAACCCCCUUUUCCAGUACAAGUAUUUGGCUCUCAAUAUGCAUUACGUAGGUUAUAUCCUAAGUGUUGUGUUACUCACCCUGCCCAGACAGCAUCUGGUUCAGCUGUAUUUAUAUUUUCUGACUGCCCUGCUCCUCUAUGCUGGUCAUCAAAUCUCCAGGGACUAUGUUAGGAGUGAACUGGAGUCUGCCUAUGAAGGACCAAUGUACUUAGAACCUCUCUCCAUGAAUCGCUUUACCACAGCCUUAAUAGGUCAGCUGGUGGUGUGCACUCUUUGCUCCUGUGUCAUGAAGACCAAGCAGAUCUGGCUCUUCUCUGCUCACAUGCUUCCUUUGCUUGCUCGGCUCUGCCUCGUUCCUCUGGAAACCAUUGUGAUCAUCAACAAGUUUGCUAUGAUUUUCACUGGAUUGGAAGUUCUCUAUUUUCUUGGGUCCAACCUUUUAGUACCAUACAACCUUGCUAAGUCUGCAUACAGGGAAUUGGUUCAGGUAGUGGAGGUAUAUGGCCUUCUUGCCCUGGGGAUGUCCUUGUGGAACCAGCUGGUCGUCCCUGUGCUUUUCAUGGUUUUCUGGCUUGUCUUAUUUGCUCUUCAGAUUUACUCCUAUUUCAGCACCCGAGAUCAGCCUGCAUCACGGGAGAGACUGCUUUUCCUUUUUCUGACAAGCAUCGCCGAGUGCUGCAGCACCCCCUACUCCCUGCUGGGCCUGGUCUUUACGGUCUCAUUUGUUGCCUUGGGCGUCCUCACCCUCUGCAAGUUCUACCUGCAGGGUUAUCGGGCUUUCGUGAACGAUCCUGCCAUGAAUAGGGGGAUGACUGAAGGCGUGACCCUGUUAAUCCUGGCCGUGCAGACAGGGCUGAUCGAGCUGCAGGUGGUACACCGCGCCUUCCUCCUCAGUAUCAUCCUCUUCAUUGUUGUGGCCUCCAUACUGCAGUCCAUGUUGGAGAUCGCAGAUCCCAUUGUUCUGGCACUCGGAGCGUCUCGAGACAAGAGCUUAUGGAAACACUUCCGAGCUGUGAGCCUGUGUCUGUUUUUGCUCGUCUUCCCUGCCUACAUGGCAUACAUGAUCUGCCAGUUUUUCCACAUGGACUUCUGGCUUCUCAUCAUUAUCUCCAGCAGCAUCCUUACCUCCCUUCAGGUUCUGGGAACACUUUUUAUUUAUGUAUUAUUUAUGGUUGAGGAAUUCAGAAAAGAGCCUGUGGAGAACAUGGAUGACGUCAUCUACUAUGUGAACGGCACAUACCGCCUGCUGGAGUUCCUUGUGGCCCUCUGUGUGGUGGCCUAUGGUGUCUCUGAGACCAUCUUUGGAGAGUGGACUGUGAUGGGCUCCAUGAUCAUCUUCAUCCAUUCCUACUACAACGUGUGGCUUCGGGCCCAGCUGGGCUGGAAGAGCUUUCUUCUCCGCAGGGAUGCUGUGAAUAAGAUUAAAUCAUUGCCCAUUGCCACAAAAGAACAGCUGGAGAAGCACAAUGACAUCUGUGCCAUCUGUUACCAGGACAUGAAAUCUGCCGUGAUGACGCCAUGCAGUCAUUUCUUCCACGCAGGCUGUCUUAAGAAGUGGCUGUAUGUCCAAGAGACCUGUCCUCUGUGCCACUGCCACCUCAAAAACUCCCAACCUGCUGGACUAGGGACAGAGCCUGCUCCACAGCCCCAUGCUGCAGCUGAGCAAAACCUCGUGCCUCAGCAAGGCACUGAAGCCCCAGGCCCUGAGCAUCCUCCAGGAUCCCGGAUGCAGGAAGACUCUGGGGACAAUCGUGGGGAUAUCACCAGGAGAUCUGAUAGCCAGGAAGGGGCUGUUGACCCCAGGCAGGAGCCUCAGAAUGGGGUGGAUGAAGGGCGGCCCACUGAAUCAGUCUAGAAGGAAGGAGCAGCACCGUGCCCCUUGGUACUGUGGAGAAGAAGGCUUACCGUGGAACUGUGCUGGGAUCUGAUGAGGGAAUGUGAUGGAGUCAGGCAGGAAGCUCCAUUCUGAGGAUCUGCUCUUGCUCUGGGAAGCCCUCGGAGUCGAGACUUCCCACUCCAGCCCCUGGUGUGUAGAAGGAGUUUUGCAAUGUAUGCUCAUCAAAAUGUAUUUAUAUGUUCUAUGCUGAUGUUCUAUAGAGGCUUGCCAAGACGAUUCAGUCAACAACUUCAGGUGCAGCCCCUGAGGGGUGCAUAAAAUCAUAUGUUGAGUUUGAAAGGGGCCAAGGGAAGGAGGCUAAAUAACGUGAGGACAGUCUUGGGAAGAAGCGGAACUGGCAUUAUUUUUCCCUGUUUGUGGGACAGAAUGAUUUCUUGUUAUAAAGUAUGAGCUGUGAUCAGCCCUUUUCUCCACUCCUUUCCUCUCAGUUAAUCGGAACUCAGGUGGCUGUUGAGUUUUGUACAGCGCUACAGUGAAAUCAAAGAUGUAGAACACUGAUUGUAUUCAAAGACUGAAGCUUGAUCACACUUGGAUGUGCCGGGAGGGGAGGGGCUGAUGCGCAUUCAUGUGACCAGACAAACUUGGAUGUGCUCUACAGGGUUGGGGGGCUGGCCCCGGGCUUGGUGGGUGCAUUCACGUGACUGAGACUCUUGAACUUCAUGACGGAGUCCUCAUUACUUUGUUGUAUAUGGAACUUUUGUUAAUAUAUCUAUACUUGGCUGGCUGGGUGAAGUAAACUAAAACUCUAAUGAACACUUUGGAGUCUGCUUUAGCAGAGGAGGCCAAAGUGGGAAGGGCUUUAGGGCAUUGAUAAAGCCCCAAGUGUACUUUGCAAUCUUGUGUAAUGUUUAAUUCUUGCAACUGAAUCAAAACAGUGUUAAAUUAUGGCAAUACUUGCACUUUGGGAAUGAGUACAGACCUGUAUGACCACUCUGCAAAUGCCACUUUAAAGCUGUUCGUAGGCCUUGCACCUUUUCUUUGACAAGGAUGUGUCAUAUUUAAAUUUUUACCUUCAUCAUGGCUACAGGUAGAAUGGGGGGGGGAUUUUUUUAUGGGAAUUUUGAUAUGAAAAGAAACUAGUCAUUUAUUUAUACAAUAGGCUUGGCUCAAAAAGUGUUUUUCAGACUUGGUAUUCCUAAUGUGAGAUGUUCACUUCAUUUUAUUUUAGUAGCAGAUUGGGGUGUAGACUGACAGACAUAGCUGAAUGUCUUAAUAAAUCUAAAUUUGAAGAUAA